AUGGCUGGUGGAAAGGCAGGGAAAGACUCCGGCAAGACCAAGACGAAGGCUAUUUCGCGCUCACAGAGGGCUGGAUUGCUGUUUCCAGUGGGUCGUAUUUACAGACACCUGAAGUCUAGGACCACAAGCCAUGGCAGAGUUGGAGCCACCGCCGUGGUUUACAGUGUAGCUAUUCUUGAAUACCUCACUGCAGAGAAGGCACUAGAGGGCAGCAUCUCAAGCACCAUACAGAGGAGAUGA